AGGUGCUACGAUCAUGGAUGCGACGGCCGAACAUUCUCCUCUAUCAGCAACUUCAGACGACACCAGCGAGAACGUGCAGGCCAAGGUCCCGUAUGCUUCUGCCCACGAUGUGGAGCCAGUUUCUACAGACGUUGGACGAGGGACCAUCAUGUGGAGCGAGGGAGUUGCUUGAGGUUGCCUCGUUGGCACUGA